AUAUGUAGAUGCUUGUAAUGAGAAAGCCCCCCUGUCAGUUGUUCUAGAACCCCAAAUUGAAAUUUCAAAAUUGAAAAGUGAGAGAGCCCUUCUCUGCAGUGUUACUUCUAAAACCAGCAAUUGGCCCCAAAUCUACAGCUCCAUUUUCUACUCUUCAGGUUAUAUAUCCGCAUGUAAACAGAAAUGUCGCUGCUCAGUCGGUUCUUUUAUAAGAGGCCUCCCGAUGGAUUGCUUGAAUUUGUUGAUAGAGUAUACGUUUUUGAUUCUUGCUUUUCCACUGAAGUUUUGCCUGAUGAAAUGUACCAAAUAUAUCUACAUGAAAUUGUAGCUGAGUUACAUGAGGAAUUUCCUGACUCGUCUUUCCUCGCUUUCAAUUUUCGUGAGGGUGAGAAAAGGAGUCAAUUUGCAAAAAUUCUAUGCCAAUAUGAUGUUACUGUCAUGGAUUAUCCGCGACAGUACGAGGGUUGCCCUCUUCUACCACUGUCUUUGAUUCAGCAUUUUCUUCGUGUUUCUGAGAGUUGGCUUUCCUUUGGGAAUCAUCAGAAUAUCAUCCUUAUCCAUUGUGAGAGAGGGGGUUGGCCACUUUUGGCAUACCUUUUGGCUAGUUUCUUGAUUUUUAACAAGUUCCAUAGUGGUGAACGAAGAACUCUUGAAAUUGUGCAUAGAGAGGCUCCUAAAGGGUUCUUGCAGCUGUUGUCACCUUUUAAUCCUUUCCCGUCUCAGCUACGCUACCUUCAGUAUGUAGCCAGAAGAAAUAUAGCACCUGAGUGGCCUCCUCCAGAACGAACACUUUCGUUGGAUUGUGUUAUUCUUCGUGCAAUUCCAAGCUUCGACUCUGAAAAUGGCUGCAGGCCUAUCAUCAGAAUAUUUGGUAGGGAUCUCCACACCAAAGGUGGGCUUUCGACUCAUAUGCUCUUCUCCAUGUCCAAGAAGAAGAAGACCAAUCUUCGACAUUAUUGCCAGGCAGAUUGUGAUGUGAUUAAGAUUGACAUUCAGUGUUGGGUGCAAGGAGAUGUUGUGUUGGAAUGUCUGCAUCUGGACUUGGAACCAGAAAGGGAGGUUAUGAUGUUUCGUGUAAUGUUUAAUACUGCAUUUAUUCGGUCUAACAUAUUAAUGCUCAAUGCUGACAACUUGGACAUUCUCUGGGAAUCUAAGGAACGGUAUCCAAAAGGCUUCCGAGCAGAGAUUUUGUUUGGAGAGGCAGAAAGUAUAUCCCCACCAAAGGCUCCAACCACAAUUUUAAAUGGUGAGGAGAAAGGUGGAUUGCCAAUUGAAGCUUUUUCUAGGGUUCAAGAACUUUUCAAUGGGGUUGAGUGGGUUGAUCACAAUGAUGAUGCUGCCUUGUGGUUACUCAAACAACUUUCUGUCUUGAAUGAUGCUAGAGAAUUUUCAAGAUUACAAAAUAAAGGCAGUUCAUAUGUAUCACCUAUUGACUCUGAAGAAGAAUAUAAUGCUUCUAGUGCUGCUGACAGUUCAGAUGAAGCAUUUGAAUUUACUUCCAAAGUUUCGACUGAUUCAACUCUCUUACCUAUUGACAAUGAUGGUCAUCCAGAUUCAAAUAGUGCUUCUGAACCUCCAGUUGAAGUUUCAUUCGAAGUUGUUCCAUCCUCCCUUACUCAGCAACUAUUAAGUGAAGGAACACCACUUUCUUCAUCCACUCCAACUCGGCUUCCACCACCUAUUGCUAGAACACCCCAGCCUCCACCUCCACCUCCACCUCCACCUCCACCUCCUUCUCCUUCACUUUCGUUUUCUACUCAAACUCCUUUGUCAAAACCCCCACCCCCACCCCCACCACCACCCACAACCCCACCCCCACCACCACCACCGCCGCCGCCGCCGCCUAUACAUGGUGAUUUCAAUGGUGGACCUCCUCUGCCACCUCCAUUGCCGCCUCCUCUACCUAGUGUUUCCACUCAAGAUUCGUCAAUACUUCCUGCUCUAACUACCAUUGGAGCUCCUCAACCACCUCCUUGUCCACCUCCACCUCCUAACUUCAGUAAACCUAUUUCUUCACCACCUCUGUCACCUCCACCACCACCUCCACCUCCACCUCCUACUCCUCCACCUCCUCUUUUUUCAACAUCUAAGCAAAAUUCUUUGUCGUCGCCGCCGCCACCACCACCACCACCAAGGCCACCAUCUUUGAUUAGCACAACCACUAGUCUAAAGUGUCCAACAACGCCAGCUCCACCACCUCCACCACCUUUGCCAUCUCAGACACAGUCUUUGAGUUCAACCUCUUUCCGGGCACCUCCUCCUGCACCUCCUCCACCACCUUUGGGCCGCAAUGGUAGUAAUACCUUGAAACCACCUUCCCCUCUCCCCCCCCCUCCUCCUCCUCCUCCCUCCUCCUCCUUCCUCCUGUCAAAGGAACAAAAGCAGCCUAGUUCUGUUCCCCCCCCCCCCCCCCCCCCUCCUCCUCCUCCUCCUCCUGCUUCAGGAACAAAGCAGCCUAGUUCUGUUCCUCCACCUGCACCCAAGCUUCCUGCUGCUCCCCCUCCACCACCAGGUCAUAGCAGAGCACCAGGUCCACCACCACCACCUCCUGCAGGAGCAAAGAUUUCUAAUGUGCCACCUCCACCACCUCCAUCUAUUGGAAGAGCAAGACCUUCUUCAGGUUCAGUUGGUCAAGGAAGAGGUAGGAGUAUUGGGACUGGUAAUGCCCCAAGGAAAACUUCGCUAAAACCUUUACAUUGGGUGAAAGUUACUCGAGCAGUGCAAGGGAGUUUGUGGGCAGAUUCACAGAAACAAGAAAAUCUGUCUAGGGCCCCUGAAAUUGAUAUAUCGGAACUUGAAAGCUUGUUCUCAGCUGCUUCUGCUUCAGAUGGGAGUGGCAGUAAUAAAGCUGGAGGUCGACGUGGUUCUAACAUUAACAAACCUGAGAAAGUGCAAUUGGUUGACUUGCGUAGAGCAUAUAAUUGUGAAAUAAUGCUCACAAAAAUAAAAGUGCCUUUGCCAGAAAUGAUUAAUGCAGUUCUAGCUUUGGAUUCUUCAUCUUUAGACAUUGACCAGGUUGAGAAUCUCAUCAAAUUUUGUCCGACUAAGGAAGAAAUGGAGACGCUGAAGAAUUACACAGGUGACAAGGAAAUGCUGGGGAAGUGCGAACAGUUUUUCCUAGAGUUGAUGAAGGUUCCACGAGUAGAAGCUAAGCUCCGAGUAUUUGCCUUCAGAAUCACCUUUUCUACUCAGGUGGAUGAUUUAAGAUGUAAUCUCAAUACUAUUAACAAUGCUGCUAGAGAGGUCAAAGAAUCUGCAAAAUUGCGUCAGAUAAUGCAAACAAUUCUGACUUUAGGAAAUGCUUUGAAUCAGGGCACUGCAAGAGGAUCUGCUGUUGGAUUCAAAUUGGAUAGUCUUCUUAAGUUAUCUGAUACUCGGGCUAGAAACAAUAAAAUGACAUUAAUGCACUAUUUAUGCAAGCUUCUUUCUGAGAAAAUGCCGGAGUUGCUUGAUUUUGAUAAGGACCUUGUUCAUAUAGAAGCUGCCUCGAAGAUUCAAUUGAAAAAUUUGGCUGAAGAAAUGCAAGCUGUUAGUAAAGGUCUUGAAAAGGUUGAACAAGAACUUGCUGCUUCAGCCAAUGAUGGUGGUAUCUCUGCAGGCUUCCAAAGGGUGUUGAAGAACUUCCUUGAUACUGCUGAAGCUGAAGUGAGACUACUCAUCUCCUUGUAUUCUGAAGUGGGAAGAAAUGCAGAUUCAUUGUCCCAGUACUUUGGAGAGGAUCCAGCUCGUUGCCCCUUUGAGCAAGUGACACAAAUCUUGGUCCUCUUUGUGAAGAUGUUCAAGAAGGCACGAGAAGAGAAUGAAAGGCAGGCCGAGGCUGAAAAGAAGAAACUAGAAAAGGAAGCUUUGAAAGAACGGGCAGCUGCAAAUUUAUCAGCAAAGAAAGAUGGUAUUGAUAGUGACAAGUUAAAACCAGGUUUACAAAUCCAUAAACACUCUUCAUAAUCCUCCUUAAUAGCAUAGCAACUUCAGGUCUACUCUGUAUAUUAGUCAUGCGUACUGAUCACAGCUACCCUCGAGAUAGGGCUGCAUCGAAUAGGCGUUAUCUCUUUUGCUUGCAUAUUUUGCAAGUUGGUCUCCUUCGGGUUAAUACCGGUUUAACUACAGAUGACUGAGAAAGUGUUAAUGAUUCAAAUUUCAUAUAGAUUAAGUAGAAAAUGUAUUCGACCGAUGUAUAGUAUAUGAAAUGAGUCCAGAACUCCAUCCUUAGUCUUCUAUAGAAUCGAGAAUGAUUAGAGUAAGUUGUGGCAGUUAUGGACACAGAUUCAUCAUAUUUGAGACUUGGUGGAACAAAGAUGUCUUCUUGAUAUUCAAUGUACAGUGCAUUGGCUUAUUCCAUUAUACAAUUCAUGUUCUUUUGCA